AUGUGUAUUUCCGUAUCAAACUCCUACUGUUCACUGCUCAAGCUCUAUUGUGAAACCCGUAACCAACUUCAAGCAAAGAAGCUCCAUUGCUUUAUAAUUAAAACCAUAGUAGAUAUCGAGACCUUUUUGCUCAAUAAUUUCAUCAGCAGUUACCACAAAUUAGGGAAUAUUACUUAUGCACGCAAAGUGUUUGAUCAAAUUCCUCAACCAAAUCUUUUUUCAUGGAACACCAUUCUUUCUGCUUAUUCGAAAUCAGGGAACCUACUGGAAAUGGAAAAGAUCUUUCAUGGCAUGCCGAAACGAGAUGGUGUCUCAUGGAACUCAAUUAUUUCCGGUUACGCUACUUUUGGUUCUUGUGAUAAAGCAUUAAAGGCGUAUAAGUCGAUGUUAAAAGACGGAAAAUCUGUGAAUUUGAAUAGGAUUACAUUUUCGACUAUGCUCAGUUUAUCCACAAACAACGGGUUUCUUGAUUUGGGUAAACAGAUUCAUGCGCAGAUAGUAUCUCAUGGGUUUCAAUCUUACGUAUUUGUGGGUAGUCCAUUGGUUGAAAUGUACUCAAAAGCAGGUAUUAUAAACGAUGCAAGACAAGUGUUCGAUGAAUUGCCUGAGAGAAAUAUCGUAAUGUAUAACACAAUGAUUAUCAAUCUUCUCCGUAGUGGCAUGAUUGAAGAUUCAGAGCAAUUAUUUCAUCUCACACCUGAAAAAGAUUCAAUCACUUGGACAACCAUGAUUACAGGGUUUACCGAAAACGGUUUAUCCAAAAAAGCAAUCGAUAUAUUCAGAGAAAUGAGAAAGCAAGAAUUCAGUAUAGAUCAGUUCACAAUUGGAAGCAUCUUGAAAGCUUGUGGAGGAACUCUGUCUCUAAAAGAAGGUUCCCAAAUCCAUGCAUACAUCAUAAGAACUGAUAUCAUGGACAAUGUAUACGUUGGAAGCUCCCUUGUUGACAUGUAUGUAAAAUGCAAACAUGUAAAGUAUGCAGAAACAGUAUUCAGUAAAAUGAAAGUCAAAAACAUUGUUUCUUGGACUGCAUUGAUAGUGGGGUAUGGGCAAAAUGGUCAUUGUGAAGAAGCAAUAAGGUGUUGUUGUGAAAUGCAAAGAAAUGGAAUACAUCCAGAUGACUUUACACUUGGAAGUGUCAUAAGUUCAUGUGGGAAUCUUUCUAGUUUAGAAGAAGGUGAACAGUUUCAUUGUCAUGCACAAGUUUCAGGUUUGAUUUCUUUCAUAACUGUUUCCAAUUCACUUGUAUCCUUCUAUGGAAAAUGUGGAACAAUUGAGAAAUCCAGUCAAAUGUUUAAUGAAAUGAAAGUCAAAGAUGAGGUGUCAUGGACUUCUUUGAUUACAGGGUAUUCCCAAUUCGGGGAAGCUAAUAAAACAAUCGAUCUUUUUGAAAAAAUGUUGACUAGUCAACUCAAGCCAGAUGGAGUAACAUUUAUAGGUGUUCUUUCAGCUUGUAGUAGAGCAGGAUUAGUUGAAAAAGGUAAAAAAUAUUUCAAAUCAAUGUCACAAGAACAUGGAAUUGUUCCAGUUUCUGAUCAUUAUAGUUGUAUGAUUGAUCUAUUGAGUAGAGCUGGAUAUAUUGAAGAAGCUAAAUGUUUUAUAAAUAAUAUGCCUUUUUCCCCUGAUGCAUUUGGAUUAUCUACAUUACUUAGUUCAUGUAGAUCUCAUGGGAAUUUUGAAAUCGGUAAAUGGGCUUCAAAGUGUUUACAAGAAUUAGAGCCUCAGAAUCCUGCAAGUUAUGUGUUGUUAUCAGAAAUGUAUGCUGCUAAAGGGAUAUGGGGUGAGGUGGCGAAUUUAAAAAGUGAAAUGAGAGAUAAAGAUAUAAGAAAAACCCCGGGGUUUAGUUGGAUUAAAUAUAAAAACAAAGUGCAUGUUUUUUCAGCUGAUGAUAGAUCAAGUCCUUAUUUAGAUAAGAUUUAUAAUGAGCUUGAGAAGUUAAACAUUAAGAUGAUAGAAGAAGGGUAUGUUCCUGAUGUAAGAUUUGCUCUUCAUAAUGUGGAAGAGAGUGAAAAGAUAAGGAUGCUUAAUCAUCAUAGUGAAAAACUUGCUAUUGCUUUUGGGUUGAUUUUUAUUCCUAAGGGCAUGACUAUUAGAGUUGUUAAAAACUUGAGGGUGUGUGGGGAUUGUCAUAAUGCAACUAAGUUGAUUUCAAAGAUCACAAAGAGAGAGAUUCUUGUGAGAGAUUUAGUUCGGUUUCAUUUGUUUAAAGAUGGAAAGUGUUCGUGUGGAGAUUUUUGGUGA